CGCGUCCUCGAGAAUCCCAUCAAGUUGCUAUGCGGCUUCUUCAUGGCUUGUGCCGGCCGUAAACGAUAGAAACUGCCAUACUUAUUUUGAAUCGCCACAUCAUGGAAACAUCUUCUACGCGGCGGAAAGCAUACGAUCUUUGUUUUCAAAAGAAGAUCAAAUGUGACAUGCUGAAGCCUGCAUGUUCGAACUGUUUGCUGUACGAGUCAGAAUGCCGAACGACAAUCGUAAAGCGGAGGGCACUACGCUCCAAGGGAAGACCACGGCCACACCAGCAGAGCGAAUCUGAAGAUCCAGGAAAGGUCUCCGAAUUAGAGAGUCGUCUGGCGAGCAUAGAGAGGGUAGACAGCCACUUCAGAAGAAGCCAGCUGUACCAGCUCCGUACUUAGCAAAGCAAAGUGGGCAAAGCAUUCAUGUCUGAAGUGUCAACAUGUCGCACCCGGCAAGUGCCCUGCAAUAAAAUAGACCUGAAGAAGCUUGUCAAGAUUGAUCAACCGCCAAGGAACCUUACCUACAUUUGCCGGUAUGCGUGCCUGAUUCCAUUGACCCGGCCAUCGGGAGCACGCAGGCACUAGUGUCGAUUAAAUCCGAUCAGAGACAAAAUGGAGACAAUCAAAAGGGCGGCCAUAUGGUUGGCAUCCGGCAUCACGGAGUUGUAACACAUCGUAGAAAUC